AUGGUUUAUCCGGCCAUCGAAGUUACUGUCGUCACCGUUGGAAAUCGCACGAUUGAAGAUGAAACAACGGAAGAUGGACAAAAAAGUGAUAAAUAUCCAGGCAAGGUUAUUCAUUUUAUCGACUACGACACGCGCAAACAGCACGAUGUCCACAAAGGCCUUAUCAAUGGACCUACACCACCGAUUCUUCUAGAUGUUCAAAGCGAUGAGACUGUGUAUGUUAUUCACCCAAACACGAAUGAUCGCACCAAGGUUUACUAUGCUCCAUACACUACCGUCACCUUCUUCUGGGGAAUAGAUGAAGACAAAUGGACCGAUAUUGCACCAGAAUUCUUUGCCGCUGUGGCUAAAUCGGAUAGCUGCACUGGUUAUAUCUGGGGUGAAGUAGAUAAGCCUAUUCUUGCCGAUUUUAAUGCAUAUGCGUCGUUAGGCAGUGGAAAAUGUGGGAUCUUAAUUACCGGCUGGCGCAGUAAAGGUCAGCACGACCGAGAGACGAAGGGUCAGCGCGUCACCAGGGCUUGGGACGCAAUACAAGAAGCUUGCGUAAAGGCAGAUGACUGGGGUACCAGUUUGAGGAUUACCGAAAACACGGGUCAUACUCACCAAUGGACUACGCCUUUGCCUUUGAAGGACCGUUCUAGUUGGCUUCCUGCGGCUGGAAUGAUUUAG